UGGGCUGGGUUGGGUUGGUGACCACUGCCCAGCCUUGGGUCAGGGUAUCCUGCAAGUAGCUCAGACAGGCUAAGCACAGGUGCUCAGUUCAGCGGGUGGGAAGGCAUCAACCAUGACCCAGUCUCCCACUCGUGGCCUCACCUCCUGGCCUCCCAGUACCCAGCCCCUACCAAAUCCUCUUCCCUACCCUACCCCUUAGGUAUUUUCCUCCUGCCCCUACCAGCAUCACGACUGCUCUUCCCUGUCACUCCCAAUCGGGGAUCCCCAAGGUGGCUAGAAGGGUUAACUCUCCAUCCCACUGGCCACUAUAGGGGGGUGGGCACCAAGUCCACCUGAGGACAGGGGAAUUCCCUGAGAUCAAGCAUCAGACCAGGCCGUCAGCCCUGCCUGGAGCCCAGAGGUGGACAGGGUGGGGAUGGGACUGGCAGGGGCAGACAGCAGUCUUGGAGGGAUGCCUCUCCCUGCCCGCUUCCUAUCCCAGGCACACACAGUUCCUGUCUCAGAGGCCCCAGGUGUGUCUCCAGGCCAAAGAGCAGAGCACAGCAGAGUGGGUCCUGAGCAUGUGACCAGGAGUCUCCUCACAUCCCUGGCUUCUGAACAGCAUGGAAAGCCACCAGCUCAUUCUUCUCCUCAGGAACCCGCAGUGGAACCUGGGCCAACUGUGCGCUGGGCCCCAGGGACCCAGAUAGCCACUCACAUUGCAAGCUCAUGAAUAACUCAGCACCUCCCUGCUGCCUCCACCUCUGAGGAGCCCGUGGCCCCUGGACCAACUCCCCCUUCACCCCGCCUCCCAUUGCUUUAAAUUUUCAUAGGCUGAGGCUCACUGACAAUGAGUGGCUCUAGGAAGCUGGGGCUAGAUAUCCUGGGCAGGGGAGCUGGAACUCUUCUGGGUUGAGGCCGUCAGGGAAGGAUCCCAUGGAACAGGCCCAGCUCCCUAGAACUCUGGCGGCCAAAGCAGAAAUGUAGCCAGGCAGGAGUCCCAAGGGUGGGUUUCUGUUUCAGAGGCCUUUAAGAGAGGAAGAGUAAACUGGGUGACCUGGUACAGAUCCCAGGUCAAGGUGGGACCGGAGGUCGCCUAGUGGAGCAGUGGGAUAGGACCGCAGAUAAAUCCCAGGGUUCCCUGCCCAGAAUCUUACUGCCCAGAAACUCCCACCCUGAAGUUGGAGCACCAACACGGGACAUCCAAGAGCCCAGAAACUUCCAGGACUUUUCUGGAGCCAGACUGCACCGGCUGGAGGCAGUGCCCCGGUGGGCCUGCAUGGACAUCCCUAUCAGCAGCAGAGACUUCCGCUGCCUGCAGCUGGCCUGUGUGGCUCUCGGCCUGGUGGCCGGCAGCAUCAUCAUCGGCAUCUCUGUAUCCAGGGCUGCAGCUGCCAUGGGCGGUGUCUUUAUUGGUGCUGCUAGUCUGGGGUUCCUCCUCUUGGCCUACCCCUUCCUGAAGGCUCGGUUCAACCUGGAACACAUCCUGCCUACCACGGGGAGCCUAAGAAUCCAUCCCCAUCCAGGGCCAGACCACGGGGAAGGAAGAUCCAGCACCAGUGGCAACAAGGAGGGAGCCCGCAGCAGCCUGUCCACCGUGAGCAGGACCCUGGAGAAGCUGAAACCGGGGGCCCGAGGGGCUGAGGAAUGCUGAGGCAAAGGCUGCGAGGCUGCCCCUUCCCGGCCUUCCCGUCCCACCUGCUGCCCCUAUCUGAGUGCCCUCUGGGGGUAGAAGACCCAAACAGGGCAUGAGCCAGGCCCUGCAUACCCCAGAGCAGCCGGGGACAGCGUGGAAUGGGACCUUUUGCACUCGCCUAGCCAAGGCUCUCAGAAAUGGAUUCCACUGGCGUGGGCUGGGGCCCAAAGCAAAGUGUCACCAGAUGCCCCCACAGGGUUCCUUGUUUCAGGCUCCUGCCCCGCCUUUCUUUCUGGACUGCAGCUCAGCUUUGUUCCCUGUUCAAUCUACUGACUGGUCUCUGGAAUUUGGCGUCCAAGACCCUGACUAUGAUCAGGACGCCCCAGUCCCUUGCUCUAACCUGGUUACAGAAGUGAACCACAGGCUCAUAAGAACCACGGACGGGGACUCUCCCUCCCAUGGCCUGGCCCUGGGGCUCUAGAGCUCACAAGACCAAUAGAGGGGCUAGACAAGAUUCUUUUCCAAAUAUCAAAACUCCUGGCAGUUCCUCAGGGACAGGCUCUGAGCAGCAGUGAAUCAGAUGGGGGAGCUUGAGGGGGCUCCUGAUCACUGGAGAAGAGCGGCUCACAAAGGGACAGGCACAAACAACCUGCCCCCUGGGGGUCAGAGGAGGCUACUUCUCAGCUGAGCCCAGCCCUGAGACCCCUGGUGUCUAACUCCACCACUCAAGGCUUUUCGUGGUCUGACUUCUCUCUUCCGCCCAUUUGCUCACUGCUGCCUGAACAAGUGAAACACAUUCCUGUCUCCUGCCCUGCGUUCCCCAGGGCCCUCCCUGCUUCUCUCUGCCUAUCAAACUCCCCACCAUUAAAGGCCCAGUUCAAAAAAUCUCCUACCCACAUGCUCUCCUCAUUCUCUUCUGCCAGCCUAUCUCUUGCCACCCUUCAGGCAGGGUUGAAGUCUUCCUUUUCACAAAGCAAUUAUUAAGCCAUCUUAAGUCUUGUGAAUGUUGCCCCUGCUCUAGUGCCUCGCACCAGACCAGUAGGUGCUUAAUAAAUGUUAAUGGCUUCAAUUUAAUGUAAAAACAAUUCCCUAAGCUUUCCCUGGGAAGCCAAGUCGAAGUCCCAUCUCCCAUGGAUAAAGCAAGGUUUGGAGCAAGGAGACCCAGGUGUGGCCACAUAGAAAACAUUGCUCCUCCCUCCACACCUGCACCCUCCAGGUAGAAUUGUUUGACCUCUACAGAGAUACCCUCUCCACAUGGCUUCUCACCUGGUUUAGUGAGCAAAAGACAAGCUAGAAAUAGUGUCCUUCUAGGAUCAGUGGAGAUGGCACUUCCUCUUGGAAGCCCCCCUGACUUCACUGUGCUUCCCAGGCCCAGGGUUUCCCUCCAUCACAGCCCAAUCACUCUGAGUUACCCUGGUCUAUUUCCCCUCUUGAGAGUGGGAGCAGAGGGCUAGGCACCCAGAAAGCACCCCAGUGGAUGCUGGGAAACCAAAGUCUUCCAAAGCAGCAGAGUCCAUCUCAGAUGGGAAAGCUGAGGCCCCACUGGAAAAAGGACUCAUUGAGUCCCAUAGUAAAAAGUCGCAGGGCCAGGCCUACAGCCAGAUCUCCCAUCUCUCCCUAUCCAAGGCUCUAGCUUUACUGUGCUCUGCACAGGCGACAGGGAUCAGCUCCCCGACCACAGCAUGACAGACCCCCAUGAAGGGACUGCCUUCCAUAAAUGCUGGCCAGGUGUAGAGACUUCGGUUCCCUCCGCUGUAAGAAGCAACUUCCUCUCCUUGAAUUUUCCUUCUCUCCACCUGCUCCUGAAUAUUCUCUGCCCCUUCUCCUUUCCUUCAUCAUCAUCAUCAACAAUAACUCAGUCUCCUGGUCUUUCCUCAAUCAAUGAGGAAACCCUUUCUCCUAUCUGCCUUCGAUCCUCACCUCAGUGCCCCAGAGAUGUCCAGGGUGGAGGGGGUGGGAGUGGAGGCUGUGGAGCCUGAGCUGCGGGAAGGGUGGUUCCCUACACCCUGCCCAUCAACCCCUCUCAGCCACACUCUCCCCAGGGUGGGGCUGCAGAAUCCCUGAUGCUUGGACAGGCCAGGCACAGAGAGGUGCUGGGGACCAGGUGAAAUAAAUCAAGGAAUAAAAACAUA